UGGAAGACGAAUGCCUCUAAUCUUGAAGCUCGCCAUCUAGUCGCGGUUCUGAUUUUCGUUUCCUUAUUCACGCCCAGCUCCCAAAUACCACAUAACAGGCACUUAACUGAAACAAUAAACGAGAAAAAUCAAUAACUUUUCCGAGGUUCAACUAUUCUCUUUGUUGUUAUGACAUCGAGUUGUGGCGGUUUCUCCUCCAGGGGGCUGUUACGUGAGCGGUAUCGAGGGCCUGAAACCAGGCGAGCUUCAUAUCCGCAACAUCGGCUCAGAACAGCUUCGUUCCACAACCAACUCCAAACUUUAUGCGUUUACUUAAGCUACGUUGCCAUCCUGGUCUUCCGCUGGUCUCCGACGACAUACGUCCGGGCUACGAGGCUUGUGAUUUUUGAGCCGCGUCAUAUUCCUUGCGAAAUGUCUCUGAUUUGCUCGGUCCGGCCACUGUGCGUUGACUUCUGGAGUACCUUUUGUUCCAUUUGCGUGAGCAAUCCGAGCAACCGCCAGCCAAGCCGCCUUAACGAGAGGAUCAUCUGUGUUACUCCGACGUGUGGGUCUGCCAUCUUCAACAAGCCUCAUCGAUGGACCUACCUCCAGACAUCUUAUGUUAGACACGAGUGGAUAUCUGAAAAGUGUCUCUCAGGGGCCAAACUUCAUUGGGUUGAGUGCACUCCCCUGUAGACUUUGCCAUCAUAUACAUAUAUCUGGGCCUGUCUAGCUAAGAGUUCUACAACUCCACCUUCGCCCUCCGUUUCCAACACUCACAUUCGUGCUGGACACACUCUCUUUAUUGUUGCUUUCUUUUCUCCAG